CAGUUGUGUUCUAAAUUUUAAACCGUACGGAACGUCGGCGUAUUCGUACGCGUUUCGUUUACAAACUUGCUGCGGGCCAAGCCGCGAAUUCCUAAUACACAUAUUGAUUGCACAAUGGCUCAACAAUUGUGGGGUGGCCGUUUCGGUGAUGCCGAGGGCAAAACGAAUGAAUGCUUAGCCAAAUUGAAUUGCAGUCUGCCACUGGAUUCGCGUUUCUAUGCCGAGGAUAUCGAUGGCAGUAUUGCCUACGCCGAAGCUUUGGCGCGUGCCGGUUUAAUUACCGAUAAAGAUGCUGCCGAUAUUGGUGCUGCGCUGGAAGUGGUGCGUCGCGAAUGGCGAGACGGUAGUAUUAAGUUUCUCAGCAGCGAUGAGGACGUACACACCGUAAAUGAACGUCGUCUCACCGAACUGAUUGGUGAUGUCGGCAAGCGCCUGCACACCGGACGUAGUCGUAACGAUCAAGUGAUCACCGAUAUGAAAUUGUGGUUGCGUCGUGGCAUACGCGAGACCUUGGCCGGUUUGCGUGCGGUCAUCGAGGCAUCUGUCGCACAGGCCAAGCAGAAUUUGGGUACACUCAUGCCGGGCUAUACGCACUUGCAACGCGCGCAGCCCGUACAGUUCUCACAUUGGAUGCUCUCGCAUGCGUUUGCGUUGCAAGCGGAUUGUCAGCGUUUGUUGGAGUUGAAGGAGCGCGCCAAUCUGCUGCCCAUGGGUAGUGGCGCCUUGGCCGGCAAUCCGCUGGGCGUUGACCGUGAAUGGCUGGCGAAGCGGCUGAAUUUUGCCGGUGUCACGCCGAACAGCAUGCAUGCGGUGGGUGAUCGCGAUUUUGUCGUUGACUUCAUCUACUGCUGCUCACUAGCCAGCCUGCAUCUCUCGCGCCUAGCUGAGGAUCUAAUAUUAUAUGCGACUAAAGAGUUCGACUUCAUAAAAAUCGCCGACGGUUUCUCCACAGGCAGCAGUUUGAUGCCACAAAAGCGUAAUCCCGAUAGUUUGGAAUUGGUGCGCGGCAUAUCCGGUAGCAUUUGCGCAUCGCUGAGCGGCAUCAUGAUGACUAUCAAGGGUACACCAACCACUUACAACAAAGAUUUACAAUUCGACAAGCAAUAUGCGUUCGAUGCCUUUGAUCGGCUGCAAGAUGCGCUCACCGUUGUUGAGGGUGUCAUUAAGACCAUGCAAUUGAAUCGUGAGCGCAUGGAGUCGGCAUUGAGUCCAGAUAUGUUGGCCACUGAUUGGGCUUACUAUCUGGUACGUAAGGGUGUGCCAUUCCGUCAGGCUCACCAUUACAUCGGCGAAGUGGUGGCUUAUGCGGAAAAGCAUGAUUUGGAGCUCAACGAAAUACCUUUGGGUGAAUUACAGAAAAUAUGCAAAGAAUUCAAUGUCGAUAUUGCGCAAGUGUCCGAUUAUGGCGUCAAUGUGGAGAAAUAUGAUGUGACCGGUGGCACCGCCACCAAAUCGGUGAAGCAACAAUUGAAGACACUGCAAAAUUUCAUAGAGGAGCUUAAGCAGACGAAAUGAAUGUUUAAAA